AUGGUGAGAAGUUCAGCGAAUCGCUCAUCUUGGAUACUAAUCGUCCAAAAUGCCACUGGAACUGUAUCUCGAUUUGCAUUCCCAGCCAUGCCGCUCCGUCCUCCUAUUUGCCAAGAUAAAUAAAAUCCCCUUUGAAUACAAAGCCGUGGACUUAUCUACAGGUGAACAAUAUGGAGAAGAAUUUGGUAAGGUCAGCAUUAUAAGGAAAGUUCCUGUCCUCAAAGAUGGAAGUUUUAUUCUAACAGAGAGUAUAGCUAUAUUGCAGUACUUGGCAGCAAAACAUCGUACUCCUGACCACUGGUAUCCAGCUGACCUGGAGAGGCGUGCAAGAGUGGAUGAGUUUCUGUCCUGGCAGCACACAAACAUAAGAGCUCAUGGUUCAAAGGUCUUCUGGUUCAGGGAUGUCAUACCUGCAGUCACAGGGUCCCAGGUGCCCAAAGAGAAGAUGGAUGCUGCUGUGGAGGAGCUCAAUGCAUCUCUAAAAAUCUUUGAGGAUAAGUUUCUGCAGAGCAGGCCCUUUGUAAUUGGAGAUAAAAUAUCUCUGGCUGAUCUUGUAGCCAUUGUGGAGAUUAUGCAGCCGGUCGGUACAGGUCUAGACGUGUUUCAAGGCAGACCUGCUCUGAGUGCCUGGAGAGACAGAGUGAAGAAGGAGAUCGGCGUGGAAAUCUUCGAUGAGGCCCAUAAGACUAUCAUGAAUGUUAAUGCAUUGGCACAAACCUUUGAGAGCAAGGGUAUACCGGAGUUUCUCAAGCUAAAGUUGCAGAAAAUGUUUAACUGAGUCUGUUUGCAUGGUUUAAUGGUCUAGUUUUAUGUUUAAUCUUUCAUCAAGUUACUAUGCAGUAAUAUGGUGGACUAGAUCCAACAUGGUUUAGAUUACAGAAGUGAAAUCAUUGUAUUCAAAAUAAAAACAUUAUAACAGAA